AUGAUCAAUCCCCAGCAUAUCUUCUCUCACCAGCAGCAGUACCCGCAAGCUGAGCCGUCGUGGCACCACCAGCAGCAAAGUCAUCACCAACAACAGCAUCCUCAUCAUGCUGCUCACCAACAUGCACAUGCUCAGGCUGUUGCGCAACACCAGCACUACAGCCGUAUGGGGGCCAACAACAGUGGUACGAAUGGGCACGGUAUGAAUAUGGACCACAACAGCGGUCCCAACUCGGCGGAGGGGAACUGGAUGGAGGAGAACAGAAGGGUUCUCGGCUGGGUCGCGGAACUGUUAAAUGGGAAUUCGAGGGAGACUGCGCUAAUGGAGUUGAGCAAGAAAAGAGAGCAGGUGCCUGAGUUAGCGCUAAUCAUAUGGCAUUCAUUCGGUGUCAUGACUUCUCUGCUCCAAGAGAUCAUCUCAGUCUACCCUCUACUCAACCCAUCACAACUGACAGCCGCCGCCUCAAACCGUGUGUGCAACGCUCUUGCGCUGCUUCAGUGCGUAGCUUCGCACAACGAGACCCGUGGGCUGUUCCUCAAUGCGCAUAUACCCCUCUUCCUAUACCCAUUCUUGAACACAACAUCAAAGUCAAGACCGUUCGAGUAUCUCCGUCUUACAUCCCUUGGCGUUAUCGGUGCUUUAGUCAAGAAUGACUCGAGUGAAGUGAUCAACUUCUUGUUGACCACCGAAAUCAUACCACUGUGCCUUCGAAUCAUGGAGACUGGCUCGGAGUUGAGCAAGACCGUUGCCAUAUUCAUUGUACAAAAAAUACUUCUAGACGAUACCGGACUGGGGUACAUUUGCCACACCUAUGAGCGGUUCUACGCCGUCGGCACAGUACUUAGUAAUAUGGUCACUCAGCUUGUUGAACAGCAGACUGUGCGGCUCUUGAAACAUGUCGUUAGAUGUUUUCUCAGACUGAGUGACAAUGCCCGUGCACGCGAGGCUCUCCGUCAAUGUCUACCCGAGCCUCUCCGGGAUGCGACCUUCUCUUCGGUCCUUCGUGAUGACGCCGCUACGAAACGCUGCCUUGCCCAGCUACUCAUCAACCUCUCAGACAAUGUGGUCGAGAGCUCGAACAGUCAAGGAAUGUAA